GAAAUUCCUGAAAAGGAAAGGACCAGUGUUCACAGAUCAUUGGUGACCAAUACAGCCAAGGAAAUGACCUGCUUCAGUGACUUCCCAUUUCCAGAAAGUUGUCCUAACUAUAUGCACCACUCCAUGAUGCUGGAGUACCUCAAGGAUUACGCUAAACAUUUCCACCUUCUGGACUGCAUUCAGUUUAAGACUGUGGUAUACAGCAUCAGAAAACAUCCAGAUUUCACAAGUACCGGACAAUGGGUGGUUCAUACUGAGGCUAAUGGGCAACGGGCAUCAGCCGUCUUCGAUGCAGUUAUGAUUUGCAGUGGCCAUUAUGCAGAAGUUAAUGAACCCCUACAUUCUUUUCCUGGACUGGAAAACUUUAAAGGUCAUUACAUGCAUAGCUGGGAAUACAGAGAGCCCAAAGGCUUGGAGGGCAAAAUGGUUCUGGUAGUUGGUAUUGGGAACACUGGAGGGGAUAUUGCUGUGGAAGUGAGCCACACAGCUGCCAAGGUCUUUCUCAGCACCAGAAAUGGAGCAUGGGUGAUGAGUCGCAUUUCAAAUGGCUGGCCUCAUGAUAUGGUCUUCCAAACUCGAUUUUUUAACUCCCUUCAAAGACUUCUUCCUGCAAGCAUUACAAACAAGUUUUUCGCAAACAAAUUCAACAAAUGGUUUAACCAUAAGAAUUAUGGAUUGAUCCCUAUUAACAGUUCACUUUCAUGUGUGAUUUUAAAUGACACACUGCCCAGCUACAUCCUCUGUGGUCUGGUAGUUGUAAAGCCAAACGUGAAGAAGUUUACUGAGUCUUCUGCCAUAUUUGAAGAUGGAACUGUGGAAGAAAACAUAGAUGUGGUCAUUUUUACUACAGGCUAUACUGCUUCAUUUCUCUUCCUGGAAGAAUCUGUUCGCAACGUUUGCAAAAGCAGUACGUUUCUUUAUAAACAGAUAUUCCCUCCUCAUCUGCAGAAGCCCACACUUGCCUUUAUAGGCUAUAUAUUGCCAAUGGGAUCUGUUCUACCAGCAGCAGAACUUCAGGCUCGCUGGGUUACAAGAGUGUUUAAUGGAUCUAGUAAGCUGCCUCCAGUGGACAGGAUGAUGAAUGAAAUUGCUAAGCAGAAGAAAAUGCUCCUUAAAAAGAACAUUUCCAGCACAGAGAAAGAAAGCUCGCCGUUUGUUCACUACAUGGAUGAAAUUGCUGUUUGCAUAGGAGUUAAGCCCAAUGUGCCAUUGCUCUUUCUACGGGACCCCAAACUAGCUUUGGAGGUCUUCUUUGGUCCUUGUACCUCUUAUCAAUAUCGCCUUUGUGGACCUGGAAAAUGGGAGAAAGCUAGAAAUGCAAUUCUGACUCAGUGGGACCGUGUUCUCAAGCCCCUGAAGACUCGGGUCAUAGACAACUCUUCAAAACACACCACGUCAUCCUUUUGGAAAAAAAUCUUUAGCUUGUCUACAUUUCUUGGAGCUGCUAUAAUCCUGUAUAUGUAUCACGUUUAGAUACUUCUGUGCUCAUUUUAUACUGGAUAAAGGAAACAGCUAGGUAUCAUGUAAUAUAAAAAAAUUCCCCUCUCACCCCUACGGGUGGUACGUGUCUUCCUCAAUCUCGGGUCCUCUGUUCCUGCCUG